GACACGGCGUAGCAAUCUAACGCCUGGUACUGCGAGCUUGACACUUGCAACAUUUGUUACCUAACAUUUAAAAUCGGCAUCGGCGAAACUUUUCACUUUGACAGCGGCAAGGAUGCAAUCCGAAUCGGGGAUCGUAGCAGACUUUGAAGUGGGUGAGGACUUUCAGGAGGAGCCAAAGACGUACUACGAGCUGAAAAGUCAGCCUCUGAACAGCAGUAAUCCGUCACAGCAGCACGGCUCCCACACGACAUCAGCCGUGACGUCACGCGUCUCACUCCGGCAGCAGCUGAUGCGGGAACAGCUGCGGGAACAGGAGCGGCGAGAGCAGCAGCGCGCCUCGCGUUACCUGCAGCGGCAGCCGCGCAGCAUCCCCAGCACCCAGACGCCUGCCAUCGACGUCAGCGCCGCACCUGGCCUGCCAGCCGGCGCCCAGGUACCCAUGGAGGUGCUGAAGGUGCAGACCCACCUGGAGAACCCCACCAAGUACCACAUCCAGCAGGCCCAGCGGCAGCAGGUCAAGCAGUACCUGUCCACCACGCUGGGAGGCAAGCUGAAUAGCCAGGCUGCCAGUUUCCCGUGCCCAAGCCAGCCUCCGGGACCUGGAGGCAGUGCCCCCAACAGCCCAAUGGCCCUGCUGACACUCAGCUCCAACUGCGAGAAGGAGAUGGAUGAUGUAAUUGACGACAUAAUUAGCUUGGAAUCCAGUUACAAUGAGGACCUUCUGGGACUGAUGGACCCGGCUCUCCAGAUGACCAAUACGCUUCCGGUGUCUGCUAACCUCCUGGACGUCUACAGUGCCCAGACACUGCCCUCACACUCCCUCCCCGUCAGUAACUCUUGUCCAGCCAAUUUGCCCAACAUCAAAAGGGAAUUUUCAGCUCCAGCCACGAUGCCCCUACUGGACAAGCCUGGGACCUGGGUCAGCUAUGAAAUGUCCGAAGGCUUUCCAGUGGAGGCCGAGGUGAGAGCUCUCGCCAAGGAGAGACAAAAGAAGGACAAUCACAACUUAAUCGAAAGAAGAAGAAGAUUCAACAUAAAUGAUCGAAUCAAAGAGCUGGGAACCUUAAUUCCGAAAUCUAACGAUCCGGAUAUGAGGUGGAACAAAGGCACCAUCCUCAAGGCUUCUGUGGAUUACAUCCGGAAGCUGCAGAGGGAGCAGCAGCGGUCCAAGGACCUCGAGAAUCGUCAGAAGAGGCUGGAACAUGCCAACAGACACCUGAUGCUGCGGAUCCAAGAGCUGGAGAUGCAGGCCCGCGCUCAUGGCCUGGCACUGCUGUCCCCAACGGCACUCUGCCCCUCAGAACUUGCAGGGCGGGUCAUCAAGCAGGAGCCGGUCCUGGGAGACUGCCUUCGGGACCCGUACCCCCACCCUCAGCAUGCGCCGGACAUGUCCCGGCCCACCACACUGGACCUCACCGAUGGCACCAUCACCUACAGCGACGGCCACGGCGAGCUGGGCGAGCCAGCACCCUACGCCCGUCCCCCAAAAGGGGCCUCCAAGCUGGACGACACCCUGAUGGACGGCAGCCUGUCGCCGGUCAGGGCGGGCGACCCCCUGCUCUCCUCCGUCUCCCCUGGGGCGUCUAACGACAGCAGCCGAAGGAGCAGCAUGAGCAUGGAGGAGAAUUAGCAUGCUUGCUAGCGCCACCUUGUGGCGAGAUGACUCUCUGCACACAGCAGAUCUGAAGUGCUUCCUGCAAAAGGUAAGCUAGGUGGAGGAUCUGGUUUUUCUUUUCUCACAGAUGAAAUAUGCUUGUUCUCUUUUGUAGGUUUUUUUUAUAAAUUAAUUGAAGUUUUACUUUGGUUUACUUCCUGCUAGGACGUUAUUUGGCAGUCGAACCAGGCUGAAUUACAGUCAGUGUUUAAGAAAGGAUUCUUUUGAGUAAACUUUAAUGGUCUGUGUUUGUGGUAUCGCACGUUGCUUAGCUACGUUAAAUGAGCAGGGGUGAACGUGGCAAAGAGGGAUUUAUAAACAUCUGCUGAAUAUUUUGCUAGGCAACGCAGAUCAGUCACCCUACAGAGUCUGAUCCAUUGUAUUCAACGGCAAUAACUGAAAAAUUGACAUCUCUUGAAUAUUGGUGGUUUUUGCCAUCAGUAUCUGCUGACACAUGAUCUGUAUUAAUGAAUUAAUUGAUACCAGAAUCGUGGUCUUUUCCGAAUGCCUUAAAACAUGUUAAUGCUGCCCUUUUCUAACAUCUAUGAAUGAUUUUAUUUACUGUUUAUUUUGCUUUUAAUGGUACCUAAUGCAAUGUGGGAUUUUUUUCAGGUAAAAAAAAAACAAUAAUCCAUUACGUUCAUUUCUUUAUUCUGAAUCAAAGUUACUGUCGGUUCUAAAGUGUGUAAAAAUGUUUGGAAAACAUUUUCUGCACUUUAUAUCGAUUCUGAUUCCUCAAUCCCAGACCAUAAGCCAAGUUGCUAGGCUGUUGGCCAUUUUCCCUCUGAAAUCGUGUAUUUUAAAUCUUCUUAAUCUUUAUUUGCAUAUCUAAAUAUCAAGAUAGAAUUACCAAAAGAUUCACAAGCUUAUAUGCAGCCCUAACACUAUAGAGCACACAAAUAGGCACACUUACAAGCACACUUACAAGCAGACUAACAAGCACAGUAAUGCCUGUAGGGGAGUGGUUUACUUACAUUAUGCACAGUGGUGUGCACCCACAUUAGGUCCCUUGAAGACAGUGUGUAGUCACUGCGUUUUGCUGCUUGUGGGCGCAGUAAUGCAAACUUAAUGCUGAUAUAUGCAAGCCCAUGAUGAAGUGACUUGGAGGUGGUCAGAUGUGUGUGAAUAAAGCAGUAUGUUACCUCCAGGAUUGUCCAAGAAAAUGGUUGUCACUCAUUUUACAAAGAUACAUUUUAAAUUCCAUACAGUCAUAUAUUCAUGCAUUAAUCUAAUUUUAAAUGAAUUUGCACAAAUAAUAUAGUAUAGGUGGCAGCACUGUGAGCUCACACUUCCAGGGCAGUGGGUUUGAGCCCCGGCUCUGUGCUUGUAGAGUUUACCCGUUCUCUCUAUGGUACAUGGCAUUAUGCCUACAUGCGUUUGGUGAACUGGAGACUCUAACUUGCCUGUAGUGUGUGUUUGAACUGACGCAGACGCAGACUUCCUGAAAGCGUCCGGACAGUUACUGCAGUAAAUCCAGCCCCCGGAUGCCACAGAUUCCCCUGAGAAAAGGGUGUAUUUAUUUGGUGCUUCUGCUCCAAACAUUACAAUGGUUUCUAUCCCACAAUCCUUUGAUCUGCAUGCUCCGCUAUACUGGUUACCAUGCUGUAACUUUUUAUUUAAGUUUUAUUUUUUUCAACUGUAUGAAACUUUAUAUUAACGUGACAUAUAGGGCCGAGGUAUGGUGUUUAACAGGGUUUUCGAUUGCUUGAAGAAACUAUGAAGGAUAUUUAAUGUGAACUGGACACAUUGACAAAAAUAUUUUGAAUAUUUUAACAAUAUUCGGUGUAUCCACCAAUAUAGCGUCUUAUGAUUGACUAGUAGUUAUUAAAAAAAAAAAGCUUUACUGUUACACUUCUAGUGUUUUAUCCCUGUACAACUGUAGCAAAGUACUCUGGCGUACUGUACUUAGAAUUGCACCUCUAUGACCGUAGCAUCGAGUAUCUGAAAUGAAAUCUAGAUCUGUAUUGAGACUUGUGGGAAGAAGACUUCUCUAGAUAAGUAUUAUGUAAUAUGUGUAAGUGUUACAGUCUCAGUGCAUUGCCUACUCUAUAAAAGUGUAGAUCUAUGCAAUUACGGUACUCUGUUUGUAAAUAGUACUCUUGCCUGUGUUUUACAUGAAGGAGCCACACUGCAGUCAGUUACUAGUUUAAUGAAGUUGUAAUGAAACAGAAGGAGUUGAGAAUGAGGUGCCUUACAUUUCAGGAACUGAUCUUGUUAUUUUUUUAAUCUGUACUGAUGGAAGUAUGUAAGCAGAUCUUCCCCUAGUGGGUUUUGGAAGUUGGUUGCAGUGUCUUUACCGAGCCGCGUUGUGUUUUGUUUCUGAUGUGUUGGUGAGCCAAAAUGCUGUGUGAUUCUACGGGAAGAGGACCGCAGGUCUUCCAGGAAUAAAAACAUGCAUUUUCUGUACGUGAUUUCUGAAAUGCACCCCCAACCCUCCCCCCCACUUGAAGGCGGGGGCUCUUUAUUGCGGGGCCCCUCCUAGACGCACACCCCAGGGGCCUUGCGGACUACGCCACAGUAGCACUUUCCCAAGGUAAAUGCAGCCUUAACGCGAUUAAAACGCCCACCUCCUUUUCCAAGUCCGGUUUGUUGUUUUCCGCGAACGCCAAAAUGUUGCCAAAAUGUUGCCAAAAUGUUGCCAAAAUGUCAUUUCCAAACUCCAUGCAGACGUCCUCAGCUGAUUGUUUUAUUAUACUAUGCACCCUCUUUGUCUCUUUCCAUGGACUUUUAUUAGUGAUUUUUUUUUAAUUUUUUUUUGCGUUUUUGAAGUUCCAGCAAUCUGAGGCCAUUGGUCAAGCACAUGCAAUGUGUCUUUCCAGGGGUUUGCCCCCCUCCCCCACUCCUCUCCUCCUCCAAACCAGCAAUGCACUGGAGGGAGGUGUCACCGCUCAGAGCCAGCACCGCUUGCUUCUGAUCGCCAGGUGGCGCUCUCGCACUGUCUCUGCUGAGACGCUCUGUACUGUAAUGGUGAUAGCCCGCUGGGGUCACCCACGCUGGUGUAUCGCUCACCAUCCCUACCUUAAUGUGUGAUCAUGAAGCUGAACGUGGUGAUGUUGUCAUGAUGGAAAAAAUAAAGUACAUGGUC